UGCGGGGCUUCUGCUAGCCACUGCGGGGCUGGGCCCGGAGCCCCCCGCCCGCCCUGCCACCCAGCCCCGCGGAGGGAUGGGGAGGAGACCCGGGCCGGGCACUCGCGGGGGCAGCGCCCAGCCCGGCUCCCGCCGCUGAGCACCGCAACCGAGCCCAACCGAGCCGAACCGAGCCGAACCGAGCCGCCCCCCGCCCGGCCGGACCCCCGGGCAUCGCCCCUUUGUCUGCGGAGGAGGCGAGGCGGAGGCGCUGCGGGAGCGGAGCCGCCGCCCCGCAGCCUGCCAGAGCGGCGGGAUGGCAGAGAAGGGCAUGGAUCCCGCCUGCGUCUCCAUCGCCCUGGAGGACGCGGUGUGCCACGCCGGCCCUCCGGACGCCCCGCUGCUCACCACCCACUUGAAGAAGGUGGAGAACCACAUCACGGAGGCGCAGAGGUUUUCCCACCUGCCGAAGCGCUCGGCUGUCAACAUCGAGUUCAUCGACCUGUCCUACUCCGUGCGGGAGGGAUCCUGGUGGAGGAAGAGAGGGUACAAGACUCUCCUCAAAUGCCUGUCAGGGAAAUUCUGCCAGCGGGAGCUCAUUGGCAUCAUGGGCCCCUCGGGAGCUGGGAAAUCCACCCUGAUGAACAUCCUGGCUGGCUACAGGGAGACUGGCAUGAAGGGGCAGAUCCUGGUGAACGGGCGGCCGCGGGACCUGCGCACCUUCCGCAAGAUGUCCUGCUACAUCAUGCAGGAUGACAUGCUGCUGCCACACCUCACCGUGCUCGAGGCCAUGAUGGUCUCUGCUAACCUGAAGCUCAGCGAGAAGCAGGAGGUGAAGAAGGAGCUGGUGAACGAGAUCCUGACGGCCCUGGGGCUGCUGGAGUGCUCCUACACCCGCACCAGCUCCCUGUCGGGGGGCCAGCGCAAGCGCCUGGCCAUCGCCCUGGAGCUGGUCAACAACCCGCCCGUCAUGUUCUUCGAUGAGCCCACCAGCGGUUUGGACAGUGCCUCCUGCUUCCAGGUGGUGUCCCUGAUGCGCUCCCUGGCUCAGGGCGGGCGCACCAUCAUCUGCACCAUCCACCAGCCCAGCGCCAAGCUCUUCGAGAUGUUCGACAAGCUCUACAUCCUGAGCCAGGGCCAGUGCAUCUUCAAGGGCGUCGUGACCAACCUCAUCCCCUACCUGAAGGGCCUCGGCCUCCACUGCCCCACGUACCACAACCCCGCUGACUUCAUCAUCGAGGUGGCCUCAGGGGAGUACGGGGACCUCAACCCCGUCCUGUUCCGCGCUGUCCAGAACGGGAUGUGCACCAUGGCUGAGAAGAAGAGCAGCCCUGACAAGGCAGAUUCCUCGUGCCCAACGUGUGGGACGGACGUGGAUCACAUCGAGAGCCACACAUUUGCCACCAGCACCUCCACUCAGUUCUGCAUCCUCUUCAAGAGAACCUUCAUCUGCAUCCUACGGGACACGGUGCUGACCCACCUGCGGUUCAUGUCCCACAUCUGCAUCGGGGUGCUCAUCGGGCUGCUCUACCUGCACAUCGGCAACGACGCGGGCAAGGUCUUCAACAACACCGGCUUCCUCUUCUUCUCCAUGCUCUUCCUCAUGUUCGCCGCCCUCAUGCCCACCAUCCUCACCUUCCCCCAGGAGAUGACCGUAUUCCUGAGGGAGCACUUGAACUACUGGUACAGCCUCAAAGCCUAUUACCUGGCCAAGACCAUGGCAGAUGUGCCCUUCCAGGUGAUCUGCCCCAUCGCCUACUGCAGCAUCGUCUACUGGAUGACGGGCCAGCCCCCCGAGGCCACGCGCUUCCUGCUCUUCUCCGCCCUGGCCACCGCCACGGCCCUGGUGGCCCAGUCCCUCGGGCUUCUCAUCGGAGCUGCUUCCACUUCCCUGCAGGUGGCCACCUUUGUGGGACCCGUCACUGCCAUCCCCGUGCUGCUCUUCUCGGGCUUCUUCGUCAGCUUCAAGACCAUCCCCACCUACCUGCAGUGGAGCUCCUACGUCUCCUACGUCAGGUACGGCUUCGAGGGGGUCAUCCUCACCAUCUACGCCAUGGAGCGCGAGGACCUGGAGUGCCUCGAGGAAUUCUGCCCUUUCCAAAAGCCCAUCAAGAUCCUGCAGGAGCUGGACGUGGAGGAGGCCAAGCUCUACCUGGACUUCCUCAUCCUGGGCAUCUUCUUCGUCAUCCUGCGGCUCCUGGCUUACCUGGUCCUCAGGUACAAGGUCAAAUCUGAGAGAUAAAGGGGCCGUGGGGCCCCGGUGCCGCUCCCGGGCCUGGCCUGCUGUGAGAGAUGUUCUGCAGAUGGACACGGUGCUCCUGCAGGUCCCGGACCGUGGCGGAGGCACUGGGAGGUGCCAGCCAGGCCUGGCUCAGUCGAGAAGGGUUUUGAGACAUCUCGGAACUGUUUUAACCUUUCCACACACUCUUCAUUGCAAAAACGUUUUGUACAGCCCCGGCAUGUGCCGCUCUCCCCCCCGGGACUGGCGAGCCCCACGGAGCUUGGGUCCCCUCUUGUUGUCCCUGCCUGGCGCUGCCCUGGGGACACCAGGGACAGCCCAGCCCGGGUGGUUUGAGCCCAGCACGGCUGGGAGGAUCCUCUCUGGGCUGGGGCUGGGCUGGGAGCAGAGAGCUGCAGAGUUGGAAGGGCAGCUCGUGGCCCCGUUCCUCGUCCUGGCCAGCAGCGUGUGAGUCAGUGCUGAGAAGAGCCCAAAGAUGCCAUAGGUGACAUUGCACCAGGCUUUAGAGUUUCCUGCCACUGUAACCACAAGAGAUUGCUUCAUCCCCCUUUCCUUCCUGCACAAACCCUCCUUCUUUUUUUUCCCUUUUUUUCUUUAUUUUCCCCCCUACCACAAACCCCACUGCAUCCCAGUCUUCGUGGAGGGGUAGAGGAGGAUGUGGGGCUCUGUCUCAGGCUCCUGCUGGGACAUCAUCCUCAGAGAUGGGAUCUUCACAGCAGGGUCUGUGGGAGCAGGACUGUGUUCUCAGACCUUAGGGAGUCUCACUUCAGUCCCUGUUGUCUCUGGGGUCUGAGACAAAAAGGUCUGAGCCAAAUCUACCAACACGGAGAGGAGUGACUGGUCCCUUGCAUGGAGCAAGGAGGAUUUGGGUUCCCACAGCCUGCCCGUGCCAGGAGGCUGAAAACCAGGGCUGGGCUCAGCUGUGUCAUCACUGGAGGCUCUGCUGCAGGAGGAGAGCUGGCCCUGAGCCCUUCCCUGCCACCUCUCCCCCCCAGCUCCACUGGGGCUGUCUCAGCAGGACAGGGCAGACGAGCCUCGCUCAGCACUGACUGUGCAAGGAAGGGACACCAAGGACACCUGGCCUGUCACAGUGCCACCCCCCCAGGGUGACACUGUGCAGAAGGGGGUCCCAGCAGUGCCUGAACUGGAAACCAGGUGAGAUCCCAGGCUGGUUUAAUGCAGCGGGUGACCCGGACACUGGGAAGGCCUUGGCACUUAGUGACUGGUACCAGAAGGUCCCUUGUGGCACGUGGUGGCUGCUCCAGAGUCCCACGCUUUGCAGAGAGAAGGCAACUCAGCACCUUGUGGCUCUCCAGAGGAACUGAGCUGAGCCCAGAGCUGGUGGGGCAUCUGCUGCUGUGCUGGAACACAGCACCCAGCUUACCUGCACAGCACAGGCUCCGUGGGUGCGCUGGCACUGCGGGCACCGGGCUGCACGUGUCACCCACAGGCGUGGCAAACAACAGGGUUUUGGCAAGCCCUGGCUCAGGUCAGCCUGGGGAUGCUGCUCCUGGCACUCUGAGCAGCCAGGGAUUGCAGGGCAAAUGCCAGAUUCCAGCAGAACCCUGGAGACUGAGCUUUGGCUUGGCUGGCUUGGGUCGGGGCUGGCCUGACACUGAUGCUGGGCACUCAGCAGAGCCCAGUCUCCCUGCCUGGAGGGCAUCAAGGAAUGUUUGGCCAUGGGGCUCUCCUGCACCGAGGGUCUGGAAGCAGGACACACCCUGCUGCCCUUUCCACACUGAGCAUCAGGGUUCUCCAGGGGCUGUUGUCUGAAUUUUCACCGUCCCUCACAAAAUUCCUGGAUCUCCUUUCA